ACAGAAACCCUGCCUGCGCUCGGAGGUCUGCGGCAGAGGGAUCCCCUGGAGUCCCCGGCCAGCCUGAGCUACGGGGGCGAGACCCCGUCUCAAAAAAAAAAAGACCAAUUUUAAGUUGUCACCUCCGGGGAUGGGGACCACGGCGUUCCCAGCCGUUUUCCUGCUGCUCCCCGGGAUCCUGUUCCGCAGGGAGACCUGGGCGGGCUCGCACUCCCUGCGCUACUUCCACACCGCGGUGUCCCGGCCCGGACGCGGGGACUCGCGCUUCUUCACUGUGGGCUACGUGGACGACACGGAGUUCGUGCGCUUCGACGGCGACGCCGAGAGUCCCAGGAUGGAGCCGCAGGCGCCAUGGAUGGAGCGAGUGGAUCAGGCGUAUUGGGACAGAGAGACACAGAGAGCCAAGGGCAACGCACAGGUUUACGGAGUGAGACUGCGGAACCUGCACGGCUACUACAACCAGAGCGGGGACGGCUCUCACACUUACCAGAAGAUGUACGGCUGCGAGGUGGGGCCAGACGGAAGCUUUCUCCAUGGGUACAUGCAGUGGGGAUACGACGGGGAAGAUUACAUCGCCCUUGGCGAGGACCUGAGCUCCUGGGUGGCUGCGGACACUGCGGCUCAGAUCACACAGCGCGAAUGGGUGGAGACCCGUUAUGCAGAGCGAAAAAGGGCCUACCUGGAGGGCACCUGCGUGGAGUGGCUCCUCAGAUACCUGGAGAACGGGAAGGAGACUCUGCAGCGCGCAGACCCUACAGAGACACACGUGACCCGCCACCCCAUCUCCAAGGAUCAGGUCACCCUGCGGUGCUGGGCCCUGGGCUUCUACCCUAAGGACAUCUCCCUGAUCUGGCAGCGGGAUGGGGAGGAGCUGACCCAGGACAUGGAGCUGGUGGAGACCAGGCCUGAUGGGAAUGGCAACUUCCAGAAGUGGGCGGCUGUUAUGGUGCGUUCUGGAGAGGAGCAGAAUUACAUGUGCCGUGUGCAGCAUGAGGGGCUGCCUGAGCCCCUCACCCUGAGAUGGGAGUCCCCUCCUCAGCCCUCCAUCCCCAUCCUGGGGGUUGUUGCUGCUGUGAUUCUCCUUGUAGCUGUGCUCCCUGGAGUUGCCUUUGUGAUAUGGAGGAGGAGGAGAGCAGGUGUAAAGGGAGGGAGUUACACUCGGCCUGCAAGGGGUGACAGUGCCCAGGGCUCUGAUUCCUCUCUCAUGGCUGGUAAGGCAUGAGACAGCUACCUUGCGGGUGCCUGAGGAACUCCACGCUUCUCCAGCCCAUGCUUUGUGACCUCAAGAUCACCUGAGUCCCUCCCUGAAAAUGGCUUCCGAGUUUGUCCAUGUUCCUGUGGGCAUCGGGGAGGGCUGUGAGGAAGGCUGUCCUGGGCAGCAGGACUCCUGUCCCCACGCUGACCUGUGUUCCCUCCCGCUCAGCUCCUCUUCCAGCAGGUGUGGUCUGGGGCGGCUCCUCACAGGGAUGAGAUGGAGCGGAGUGCACACAGCUUCCCCCAGGACUCCUCUUGAUUCUGAUCCUGCCUUUAUUGAAUUACAGCCCCACAAUAAAUCCAGUAGCAGCAAA